AUGGUGGCCACAACAGACUGCGUGGAGAAGUCCAAACCCAUCUCUGGAAACAAGGUAUCCAAACCACUAAUGGAAAAGAAACGAAGAGCUCGCAUAAACAAGUGUUUGGACCAAUUAAAAUCUCUUCUGGAGAGCUACUACAGCAGCAAUAUUCGAAAGCGCAAACUGGAAAAGGCUGACAUCUUGGAGCUCACUGUGAAACACCUGAGGAACCUUCAAAAGAUUCAGAGCUGCAAUACCCCUGCUUCUGACUUUUCAGACUACCAAUCAGGCUUCCGCAGCUGCCUGGCAAACUUCAACCAGUACUUGCUGAUGGCAGACAACUUAAACGGGAGCGACCACUGGAUGUUAUCGCAGCUUUCCAGUAAACUCUGCUGCUCUCGGGGGCGAGACAACUCCAGCACCAUGGACAGCGGCCCGGGCCGAGCUGAGACACACGACCCGGCACGGAGACCUCCUCCAUCUGCAGCCGGGCCUGAUGAGGGAAAAGCGGCCAAAUCUAAACCGGUGAAACCCCAAAGUGCAAGUGUUUGUCGUUUUCUGCCAAAUGAAGAUGCACUGCAAUCAUGUGGAACAAAACAGGCCGUCCACACAGCGGAGUCCACGCAAAACACUCAUGAAAAACGUUCAAGUCUCAAGAAGUUUGACACAACAGAUUACUGCAGGAAUGAAGUUUCCAACACUCAGAACAACGUCUGGAGGCCUUGGUAG